ACUCUUUUCACCUGAACGUUACCUAACCCUCGCUCCUCGACCUUUUUGGCUUUUCCUUUUCAUUUCAUUUCAACACCGACACCCUCACCCUCACACACACACACACACAGAGACUGCAACGCGUCAAUGGCCACCUCUGCCUCUUCCCUCUCUCUAUUCCUCCUCUCCCUCUCUCUCCUCUCCCUUACCGCUACCGCUAGACCCUGCAAAACCCUCUUUUUUUACACCACCACCACCUCCUAUUACCCCUCCACCACCACAACUGCCGCUUCCUUUCCUCAAAACCCUAACUUCGAAAUCCUCCCCAAAUUCCACUCCUAUUCCCCGAAAUUCUUGACUUUCUUCUUCACCACCGUCAACUCCCGUGAAGAAACCCGCCCCUAUGUCUCCUAUCUCUCCCUCCGUCGCACCCGGGCCAACCCUUUUCCUCUCUAUUUCGAGGAAGUGCCAGCUGCCGAGGAGGAGAAGCAGCAGCGAUCGUCGGUGGAGUCGUCGGUGAUGCCGCUGGGGAUUUAUUCGUCGGUCUCCACGAGUUCGAUUAGAGAUCGGACUAAGGAUAUCAUGAGCGUUGUGGGCGCUUUGCUUUUCGGGGUGGGUUGUGGGGCUUUAACAGCUGCCACGAUGUUUUUGAUCUGGUCUUUGUUUUCGCCGCACCGUUUUGAUUUUGACGAUUCUGACGAUGACGAUGAUGGUUACGACAAUGGAGACGAUGUUGCUAGCCCUAAGAAGAUUGGAUACAUUGCUAUUCCAGGCGAUGUGGAUUUGGUGAAGAACAAGGAUUUCAAUUCCGUGCCGCAGAAAGAGGUUGCUUGAGAUUUUAUUUGGUCUUUGGUGGGGGGUUUCUAGGUGUUGGGUUUCAAUUCAAGGGGGAUUCAUGCUGUUGACUUUAUGUCUAAUUGUUGAGUAUUACUCAAAUAUUACUGCAUAUGUUUACACUCAGUUAUAUAUUGUUGAUGGUGUCAAUGAAUGUUAGUAUGGUUUAUUGAAUGCAAUUCUUUGA